UCCCUUCGAGUACGAAUUCGUUAUAAGUAUAAAUGCAUUUUAAUAUUAACUCAUUGCAAAGUAUUUUCAAUGGCGACUGUAAAAAUCUUAAAUUAUGAGAAGAGAAAAAGGUAGUGUUCAAUGAUCCAAUGAAGCUAUCACGUAAAGUAGCAAAAAAAGAUAGUAAUCUAAUUAAUCAUAACCAACUUUAAUUCUUCCCAAUCCAAAAAAGAUAGGAUCAAAAUUAGUUUGUAGUUGCCGACGUGAAGCAAGCUAGACACGUGGCAGACGACCUAUUAAUACUCCCGAGAUUUCCCACUUCUCCCAUCGGCUCUAAUUUUGUUUGCACCAAAAACACCGACCUUCUCGUCUGCUAUUCGCCGGCGGAAACCCAAGUUUUUUUAUUGCUACAAAAUGCUGACGCUUUCUCUCUCUAACAACUAUGUCCCCCGCAUCAUUUCUCCCGAUUCUCAUCAAAGCAGGGCUUUCUGCCGGCUUUCUCCGAAGCUGCUCCAGCUUCGCCAGCAACAGCCGUUUACUGGUCUCUGCUACAAUCCACUCCGAGAGCUGGUGAUGGCGAAGAGAGGUCGUAGAUUUGGUGCGGUUUGUUACUCUUCGCCGCUUGCUCCCAGGAAUCUGCAGUGGAUCUCUGCUGUUUCUACUGGAAUCCUGAUGAUAGCUAGGGGGACAGCUAUCCAGAAAUCCUUUCUUGUGCCUUUAUUUGCGCUCCAAGCACCUGGAAGCAUUAUCACAUGGAUGAAGGGCGAGUAUGGCAUGUGGACUGCCUUCUUGGCCCUUCUCGUUCGUCUGUUCUUCCAUAUCCCUGGGGAGUUGGAGCUGCCAUUUAUAACAUUUCUGUUGGUGAUUGUGGCUCCCCACCAAAUUAUGAGGCUUAGGGGAACCCAAGAAGGUGUUAUUCUGUCAUUGAUAAUAGCAGCUUAUCUGGCGUUCCUGCAUUUUAUUAGAGCUGGCAGCUUGGCAAAAUCUGUUGAACAAGGUUCAAUCCUAGCCACCAUAGCUACCAUCUGUAUCGUCCUUGUGCCUUGCUUGCUUCUAAUCUAGUUUUAAGUUGUAGGAAUAGCACCCAUUGGUCUGUACAAUGAUAAUCUGUCUACUUUGGUUUCCUGUUACAGGGAAGAUACUUUUUUACCAACAGAUUAGAUCCCAUAUGUACAUUUGCUUACUUUGUUGUGCUGUUUUGAAAUCAAUGAUAUUUAGCAUUUCACUUGUUA